UUGCUUGUCGUUUGAAAACGGUCCCACUGGCGGACUUGCGAUGAAAAUUAUUUAUAUUUCGCUUCUUCGCACGCAAAAAUUUUGUCAAAAUAAACAAAGGUUAAUGUUCUGCUGCUGAAUAACGGUACAGUGGUCAGUCCGCCGGACCGCCUAAUACGCGUAACGGUAAACCGUGAUUGUGCCGCUUCGAAAAUCGGUGCUAAUUAAAAGUGGAUGCUGCAGCGGCCAUCGAAUCAACUUAAAGCCAAACGAAACACAGGCGAUCAAAACUGGAGAAUCUAACAUAUUUUCACCCAGCAAAUAACCGCCGGUUGUUUUGACCACCAAUGAAGUUAACCCCGUAAAUAAACAACAGUUAAACGAUUCACUGCUAUUAAAACGGGAAACGCAGCGGAGGACAUAAAAUCGCUGGCAAGAAGAAGAGCGCUGGCUAAAAAGGCCGUUUUAAGGGUUUAAUUAGAGUAUAAAAGGUGGCAAACUGGUGAGACGAGUGCUAAAUAGACGUUAUCCUAGUUGUAGUGGUCGAAAAUCGUUGAAAACUUAGUGGCGGCAGGUGCUUGGCGCUUUUGAAACGAGACAACACGACGCUGAGUUUCCAGCGUAGAGUUGCCAACCCGAAAAAGAAACGGGGUUGCCGUUCGUUGCGCCGAAAGUGUUUACCUGGUUUUUGCUCUACAAAAAAACAGAAUUUAUCAACGAUCCUGGCCAGGAGAUGACUUGGAACUCAAACUUUAGGCGGUCGCUGGCCGGAUAACCGGCAAAAAGUCGUAACCCACCGAUUAAUACCUACUGGAUUUGGUCAGAAAAGGAUCUAGACGAUUAGCACCACUCUGCGAAGGUCUCUCCCCUCAAACCCACUUCUUCACCAGCGUCGAGAUCUCCUGCGCGAGAUUGGCGACGCCACUAAAAACCGAAUUUCUUGCCCCACGCCGUUGAAGAAAAGCUGCCACCAUUCGGAAGAAGAAUACCUCGAAUAUGACCCACAAUCUCGGUAUGGCGCCAUAUCGAUUGCCGGGUCCAGCGGGCGGACUAUGUCCGCCCGACUUCAAGCCGCCGCCUCCGACGGACAUAAUCUCGGCGCCGAGCAAUCCGAAGAAGCGGCGGAAAACCUCGAAUGCAGCCAAUUCCGCUGCAGCGGUUGCUGCUGCGGCAGCUGCUGCUGCAGCUGCUGCGAAUUCCAUGCAACAGCAGCAGGCGCCACCGACGCCGCAGGAUCUGCUGCCCCCGCCGCCUAUGGGUGGCUUUGGAGACACCAUUAUUGCCUCGAAUCCGUUCGACGACAGCCCCCAGGUAUCGGCAAUGUCCAGCUCGGCGGCCGCGGCGAUGGCUGCCAUGAACCAGAUGGGCGGCGGACCAGGUGGUGGUCACUUUGGCGGCGGCGGACCUGGAGCCCAUCCGCACUGGGAGGACCGUAUGGGUAUGGGCGGCGGACCGCCUCCCCCGCCGCACAUGCUUCCACACAUGCACCCGCAUCAUCCUGGCGGACCUAUGGGCCAUCCACAUGGCCCGCAUCCCCACAUGGGCGGUCCGCCGCCUAUGCGUGGCAUGAGCCCCAUGCAUCCCCAUCAAAUGGGACCAGGACCAGGCGUCGGACUGCCGCCACACAUGAAUCACGGACGGCCAGGAGGACCUGGAGGCCCUGGAGGACCAGUGCCGAUGGGCAGUCCCAUGGGCGGCAUGGCUGGCAUGGGUGGCAUGAGCCCAAUGGGCGGUAUGGGCGGCCCAAGCAUAUCACCCCAUCACAUGGGCAUGGGCGGCCUGUCGCCCAUGGGCGGUGGUCCCAAUGGUCCCAAUCCGAGGGCCAUGCAGGGCUCGCCAAUGGGCGGUCCUGGCCAGAACUCGCCAAUGAACUCACUGCCCAUGGGCUCGCCAAUGGGUAAUCCGAUUGGCAGCCCGCUGGGUCCACCUUCGGGACCGGGACCUGGAAAUCCCGGCGGCCCGCAACAGCAGCAACAACAACAACCUCCGCAGCCACCGAUGAACAACGGGCAAAUGGGCCCCCCUCCACUGCACAGUCCGCUGGGCAAUGGCCCCACGGGGCAUGGCAGUCAUAUGCCCGGUGGACCUAUCCCAGGUCCAGGUCCUGGGCCCGGCGGCCUUGUCGGUCCCGGUGGCAUCUCCCCCGCGCACAGCAACAAUCCCGGCGGCCCGGGCAACAACAUGCUCGGCGGGAAUCCCGGCGGCAACAACAACAACGGAAGCAAUACAAACAACGCCAGCAACAACAAUCAAAAUCCUCACCUUUCGCCGGCAGCCGGACGCCUGGGAGUGCCGACGUCGAUGCAGUCAAACGGACCUUCGGUAUCGGUGGCCUCCUCCUCGGUACCUUCGCCCGCCACGCCCACGCUCACGCCCACAUCGACGGCCACGUCGAUGUCCACGUCAGUGCCUACAUCCUCGCCAGCGCCGCCCGCCAUGUCACCGCACCACUCGCUAAACAGCGCCGGCCCAAGUCCGGGCAUGCCCAACUCCGGACCCAGUCCGCUGCAGUCGCCCGCCGGUCCCAACGGGCCGAAUAACAACAACAGUAAUAACAACGGACCCAUGAUGGGCCAGAUGAACCCGAACGCAGUUCCUAUGCAGCACCAGCAACACAUGGGCGGAGGCCCACCUGGUCAUGGACCAGGGCCGCUGCCCGGAAUGGGAAUGAACCAGAUGCUGCCACCUCAGCAGCCCUCGCAUCUCGGUCCCCCGCACCCGCAACUAAUGAACCACCCGCACCCGCAUCCCCAUCCGCACCACCAUCCCGGUGGACCACCGCCGCACAUGAUGGGCGGCCCCGGGAUGCACGGUGGACCUGGCGGAAUGCCGCCUCACAUGGGCGGAGGACCGAAUCCGCACCUAAUGGGCGGACCGCACGGGAACGCCGGUCCGCAUAUGGGUCACGGCCACAUGGGCGGAGUGCCAGGCCCGGGACCGGGACCUGGUGGCAUGAACGGACCCCCGCACCCACACAUGUCCCCGCACCACGGACACCCGCACCACCACCACAAUCCGAUGGGCGGACCCGGUCCGAAUAUGUUUGGCGGUGGUGGGGGCGGACCCAUGGGCCCUGGCGGACCGAUGGGCAAUAUGGGACCGAUGGGCGGCGGGCCAAUGGGCGGGCCCAUGGGCGUGGGCCCUAAACCGAUGACAAUGGGCGGCGGCAAGAUGUAUCCGCCGGGUCAGCCGAUGGUCUUCAAUCCGCAGAACCCGAAUGCGCCGCCCAUCUAUCCGUGUGGCAUGUGCCACAAGGAGGUGAACGACAACGACGAGGCCGUGUUUUGUGAAUCCGGUUGUAACUUCUUCUUUCACAGAACCUGUGUGGGCCUGACAGAGGCGGCCUUCCAAAUGCUCAACAAGGAGGUAUUUGCCGAGUGGUGCUGCGACAAGUGCGUGUCUUCCAAGCAUAUUCCCAUGGUCAAGUUCAAGUGUUGAAGCGGGUUGCAAUCGGAAUCAGCGGACCCUAUCGAUCAACCACCAGCAAAAGCAACACACCAGCUAGCACUCACUCACUGUAUAAAAUAUCCAAGCAUUAACUCUAUCUUAAUUGUAAGACUUAAGCUGCUCAAUAGUCAAGACCCCGACCGAAUCAACCAGUUCCGCUCCGGAAAAAAAAAGCCCGUAACCAAUAAGCGCCCCACUAAAGUGCCGGAGCAGUGUUGUGACUUUUAGCUCCGGGCUCCUGACAAGCAAAGCAAACCUUAACGAAAAGUGAAAACGAAAUAUGUUAUUUGUAAUAUAAUUGUAAUAUGUAUGUAUGUCUGCAUGUGGAGUAAUCAAACAGGACAAAAGCCGAGACAAGAAAACGGAAACAAAGCUGAUAAACAAUCUAGUUUGUAUUAUAAAGCGAAAUUGUAUGAAAUUAUCGAGCGAGUACAGGCGGGAUGAUGAUGCACAUCUCCAUUUGAAUACCUUGCGGCUGUCGGGAAUCCCGUAAAAAAAAACACAACAGACAACCACUCGUAACUAUAUAAAACACAUAUAUCUAAUGACAUAUUCAACACAUUUUAGGAUGAGUAUAAAAGUUGUAACGAAAUGAAAUUAUCAUUGUGAAAUUGCUGCAAAUUGCGUGAGUGUGUUAUUUGUUAUUACAAACCUAUAUUAUUUUUUAUACUUGAGUGCGUUUACAUUUUAAAUAAUUAAUACUGAAAAGUUGCUCUGUCGAAAGAGAGACGACCAUUGUCGGAUACAUUUUACACAAAAAUAUUCAAUAUAGCUGGAAUAGGAGGAUGUGGAAAAUGAGAAAUCGACUGCGAGCAAAAGCACAUGCGAAAGAGAUAAAUUUGUAAUUUAAGACGAAUGUUAAAAACGCAGCGAAAAUAAUCGAUUCGAAAAACAAAUUUGUAAAAAAAGGAAAACAACAAUUACUCUAGGUUACUGCAACUUUAAGUUAUUUAUAAUUAAAUAAAAUACGAUAUAAAAUAAAGUAAGAACGAGUUAAUAA